AUAAACUCAUUCGAACUUGCUAGAGAUCCUCGAACCAAGCGCCGAUUCCUAGGAACUCCUGCCAAACGACAACAUGGGCGACAAGAUGAAGGCUCUCCAUUACGAUGGCCCGUACAAGGUCAGCGUGAAGGAGAUCGAGUUGCCAAAGAUCCAGCAUCCCGAUGAUGCCAUUAUAAAAGUCACGACCUCGUGUAUUUGCGGCUCAGACUUGCACAUGUACGAGGGGCGCACUGCGGCUGAAAGUGGCCUGGUGUUCGGACACGAGAACAUGGGAAUCAUCACAGAAGUCGGCCCAGGUGUGAUGCUGUUGAAGAAGGGUGAUCGAAUUGUUCUUCCAUUCAACGUGGCAGACGGAAGAUGCAGAAACUGCGAAGAAGGCAAAACCGCGUUCUGUACAGGUGUCAACCCUGGUUUCGCUGGAGGAGCCUACGGUUACGUGGCAAUGGGACCGUACCAAGGUGGUCAAGCCCAAUACCUCCGCGUGCCAUUUGCAGACUUCAAUGGCUUGAAGCUGCCUCCAGGGACCGAGCAUGAGGCGGAUUUUGCUUUGUUGGCAGACAUCUUCCCAACUGGAUGGCAUGGACUGCAGCUCUCUGGUUUCCAGCCUGGUGAGAGCGUGGCUGUGUUUGGCGCUGGUCCCGUUGGUCUGAUGGCGGCAUACUCUGCUGUGAUUCGCGGUGCAUCGAAUGUCUACGUCGUCGACCAGGUCAAGGAGCGUCUUGAUCAGGCUACCAAGAUCGGCUGCACGCCCAUCAACUUCUCCGAGUCAGACCCCGUGAAACAGAUCAUCGAAAAGAACGGAGGCAUGGUCGAUCGUGCGGUUGAUGCUGUCGGAUAUCAAGCCGUAGAUAAGAGCGGCAGCAAGGAGCAGCCGAACAUUGUUCUUGAUCAGCUGAUCAUGGUGACCCGCCCAACAGGAGGACUUGGAAUUCCAGGACUCUACGUUCCCUCCGAUCCCGGUGCUCCUGACGAGCAGUCCGGCAAGGGCCAGAUUCUCAUCUCAUUUGGCAAGCUCUUCGAGAAGGGUCUUUCUCUAGGUACCGGACAGUGCAAUGUCAAGGCGUACAACCGAUACUUGAGAGAUUUGAUCAUCAGCGGACGUGCGAAGCCCAGCUUUGUAGUGACCCACGAACUCAGUCUCGAGGAUGCUCCGAUGGCGUACGAGAAGUUCGAUAAGCGCAUAGAAGGAUACGCCAAGGUCUUGCUGCAUCCAAACGGCCCUCUCGAGUAAAAUUCGUUCGACGUGCUGUCGGCGAAGCUCGUAGAUAGGAAGGAUAUCCAAUUGGUG